AUGGGUCUUAAUGAUAGCUGGAAUCGGCUUUCCUCAUGGCAUGGAACCAAUUGCUGUCAAUGGUCAGGAAUAGCUUGUCACAAUACAACUGGUGCUGUUCUCGCAGUUGAUCUCCCAAAUUCAUCAGGUCGUCAGCCAUUAGGUGGGGAGAUUAGACCUUCACUUGCAAAACUUAAGUCCUUGAAACAUCUGGAUUUAAGUGGGAACAAUUUCACUGGUAAAAUUCCUCAUUUCUUGUCCUCUUUGGAGAACUUGCAAUAUCUAAACCUGUCAUAUGCUGGGUUUAGUGGUGCAAUUCCUCCAAAUCUUGGAAACCUCUCUAGCUUGCAGUUCCUUGAUGUCUCUUAUUGGGGUUUAACUGUUGAUAAUCUUGAAUGGGUGAGCGGUCUUCUUUCACUAAAAUAUUUGGCAAUGAAUUCUGUACACCUUUCAAAGUUAGGAGGAGAAUGGAUUGAGCCAUUAAACAAGCUUCCACUUUUAUCUGAGUUGCACUUAGAAUAUUGUGGUUUAUCUGGUUUCUCCUAUUCUCUUCCUUCUCUUAAUUUUACUUCGCUUAAAGUCCUAAACCUUCAGGGCAGCCUCUUCAAGGCUAAGUUGCCAACUUGGCUUGCGAACAUUAGCAGCCUUGUAUCUGUUGACAUCGGAAAUAGCAUGUUGACUGGAAGGAUUCCACUUGGUUUUGGUGAAUUACCAAAUUUGCAGUCAUUGAAGCUUAAUUAUAAUUUGAAACUCUCAGCAAGUUGCUUCCAACUAUUUGCAAGAAGCUGGAAAAAGAUACAAAUUCUUGAUUUAUCUAUCAAUGGGUUGCAUGGUAGACUUCCUACUCUUCUUGGAAAUAUGACAUCUCUUAUUCAUUUUGAUUUACACUUCAAUUAUAUUGAGGGUGGGAUUCCAAGCUCCAUUGGCAAGCUUUCUAAUUUGCAGUACAUUGACUUGUAUUUAAACAACCUGACCGGAAGUUUACCUGAUUCAAUUGGCCAGCUCAGGAAUCUUGUCGAACUCCGGUUGAACAGUAACUUGCUUCAAGGUUCCAUUCCUUCUUCUAUUGGAAACUUACAGCGUUUGACUACCCUCACGCUUGCGUCAAAUAAGCUAAAUGGUACUCUGCCUGAUAGCAUUGGACUGCUCUCUGAGUUGUCUUCCCUUGAUGUUUCUCUCAAUAAAUUGACAGGUGUUAUUUCAGAAGCACAUUUUCGUAGGCUGGGGAAACUGGAGAAAAUUGAUCUAUCAGAAAAUUCUUUCAUUCUAAAUGUCAGCUCCAACUGGGUCCCUCCUUUCCAAGUCAUUUUCUUGCAGAUGGGUUCAUGCCAUCUGGGUCCUUCCUUCCCUUCUUGGCUUAGAUCUCAAAAACAGGUCCAAGUUUUAGAUUUCUCAGGGGCUGGUAUUUCCGGUUCUAUCCCAAAAUGGUUCUGGGACAUGACUAGCAUUCUAGCCUUUUUGAAUGUUUCUUUCAAUAGUUUAGAGGGUCAUAUACCAAAUCCAUUCAAUGUAACUUCCUAUGCAAAUGUUGAUUUGAGCUCCAACCAAUUCAAAGGACCCAUUCCUCUUCCAAAUGUCUUCUUACUAGAUCUUUCUAAUAACCAGUUUUCAGGUCAGAUAACUGGGCUUCAAACACUUCACUUGAGCAACAACCAACUCUCAGGAAAAAUUCCAUCAUCUCUUCAAAAUUUGUCAAAGUUGGAAACUUUAGACUUCGGAAACAACAUGUUGACAGGAAAUUUACCACGAUGGAUUGGAGAAGAUUUUCCGCGUCUCAGGAUACUUAGUCUCAGGUCAAAUAAAUUUUCUGGAGAACUUCUCUUGGCACUUUCAAAUUUGAGUUCCCUGCAAAUUUUGGAUCUGGCGGAAAACCAAUUAAAUGGUUCCAUUCCUGCUAACUUGAGCAAUCUUAAAGCCAUGACUCAACAGCAGAACGUUAACCAUUAUUUGCUUUAUGGAACUCUUUCUGAACAUCACAAUUACCAAGAGAACAUAUAUGUGACCAUAAAUGGCCUUGAAUUAAGGUACACUAGGACUCUUUCCCUGCUAACCAGUAUAGAUAUGUCUGGAAACAAUUUAAGUGGAGAACUUCCUGAAGCAAUAACAAAAUUAGUUGGUUUGGAAGUUUUGAAUCUAUCAAGAAACCACAUCAGUGGCCAGAUUCCUAAGAGCAUUUCAGAAUUGCGUCAGUUGUUAUCUCUUGAUCUCUCAGGCAAUAGGCUUUCAGGUCCUAUUCCCCAAAGCAUAUCUUCAUUGACAUUUCUGGGGAAUUUGAAUGUGUCAAACAAUAACUUGUCAGGCAUAAUACCUUCUACAAAUCAGAUGUCAACUUUUAAUGCAUCCUCUUUUGCUGGGAACCCUGGUCUAUGUGGAGAUCCUCUGACGGUGAAGUGUCUGAAUGAUUCAAACAAUGGAGGUGACAAUUAUCCAGAUGGUGGAGGGAAAGCAGAUCAGGCUGACAAUGGCAAUGGCUUCAUCGAUAAAUGGUUUUACAUGAGCAUUGGGGUGGGAUUCGCAGCAGGUUUAUUGCUUCCUUAUUUAGUUUUUGCAAUGAAAAGGUCUUGGGGUGGAGUGUACUUUGCAUUUGUGGAUGGAACUGCUUAUAGAUUGUCAAGUGAGAAAAUGAAAGCAGCUACAAGAAGAAGAAAUCGGGGGGCACGCUGA